AUGGCUCAGAAAAAGUGUUUGUUUAAAAAGGAAAACUCAGAUUACGAAGAAGAAGACUUUUUUACUUCUAAGUGUUUUCAAGUGAGACCUCAUGUGCAGUUCAAAGAAGUUCCGACAAAUGGCGAAGAGUACCUCUUGAAAGUAAUAAGAGAACGUGAAAAGUAUGCUUCAGUUUUGCAAUGUGAUUACAUUGAUUACAAAAAGUUGUCGAAAAAAGUCUCUAAAAAAGGGAAAUCCUAUUUCGAAGAAAUUGCAAAUCCUGCAGCCCCUGAGACUAUUAAGCCCACUGCGGAAUGGCAAAAUAUACAAGUUGCAGAUUUUUCAGAUAUACGUAAAUAUAUACAACAAAUGCAAGUAAAAGAUUUAGUACCGCCUACAAUUAAAGAUAUUUGCGAUCGUAAACGUCGUGUAGAGUGCUGGAAAUCUCUUUUUAAUGAAGAACCAACUAUGACACAUGUUGUGGGAAUAUCUCAAUUUAUGAUAGAUGCAGGAUUAGAUAUUUUAACUGAACAACUAGGUUUAGUUGAAGCAGGGCAAACAGUAGACCGUAAAACAGGUCAAUGGAUAUACACACUCCUUGCCGUUACAAGAUAUCCACAUUUAUAUGACACUACAACUAAAUUACGAGACCUGGCAAGAAAAUGUUUAGAAAUUAGGUCUAGAAUAAAUCCUGAAGAUGAGAAUGCAAAGGAACUUGCAGCACCAAUGAAUUUAUUCAUAUGUUUAGUAGCAAGAUAUUUUGGACAAAAAGACUUGGCAGACUAA